GGCUGUUGCUUAGUGCCACGUUGAUGGAGACCAGUGGGGACGUGGAAAUCUGUCUCGAGUCCGCAGCCGGGACCCGGUAGCCUCUUCUUCUGUUUCUACAGCUGUAAAUCCCUGAGCAGAAUCGAAAGGGGAACCUGUACGGGCGGAGACAGUUAGUGUUUGCCUACUGUUUUUUUAAUGUGUGCGUUCAUGUGAAAAGAAGAGAAGAAGAGAAGGAUGAAACUUAAAGUGAUCAACCGCACAGCCAUCCAGAGCUGGAGUCCUGCACAGCACCACCCCAUCUACCUGGCAACAGGAACAUCAGCUCAGCAGCUGGAUGCCUCCUUCAGUACCAAUGCCUCCUUGGAGUUUUUUGAGCUGGAUUUGGCUGAGCCAUCUCUGGAUAUGAAAUCAUGUGGCAGCCUUUCCUCCAGUCACAGAUACCACAAGUUGGCGUGGGGUCCAUAUGGUAUGGACUCCCAGGGUCAUCCCUCUGGUGUUCUCAUCGCAGGUGGGGAGAAUGGCAAUGUUAUCCUGUACGACACUGCAAAGAUAAUGAGCGGAGAGAGCGACGCCAUCAUCGUUGAGAGCGACAAGCAUACAGGGCCAGUGAGAGCUCUGGAUGUCAACCCUUUCCAAACAAACCUUGUUGCAUCAGGUGGAAAUGAGUCUGAAAUCUAUAUCUGGGACAUGAAUAACUUUGGCUCUCCAAUGACACCAGGACCUAAAACACAACCAAUGGAAGACAUCAGCUGUGUGGCUUGGAACAAACAGGUCCAACACAUCUUGGCCUCAGCCAGCCCGGGGGGUCGAGCUUCAGUGUGGGACCUCCGCAAAAAUGACCUCAUUAUCAAAGUUAGCGACCACAGCAACAGAAUGCAUUGUUCUGGGUUGGCUUGGAACCCAGAGGUGGCCACUCAGCUGGUCUUGGCUUCGGAGGACGACAGGAUGCCCGUCAUCCAGAUGUGGGACUUACGAUUUGCUACCUCUCCUCUCAAGAUUCUAGAGCAUCACUCAAGGGGUAUCCUGGCCAUUGCCUGGAGUUUAGCAGAUCCUGAGCUGCUUCUGAGCUGUGGGAAGGAUAGCAGGAUUUUGUGCUGGAAUCCAAACACAGCAGAGGUGAAAAUUCUGUGUCUUGAAAUUAACCACACUUAUGCUUUCUCUCUUUUUUCAGAGCUGUGAAUUAUUUAUUUUUGUUCAUAUUAAUUUGUCUACCUCGGCUCUGUGUGUUUCUUACAGAUUAGCAACUCGUUUGGGAACAUGGAUCCAUUUGGGACAGGGCAAACAUUGCCUCCCCUGCAGCUGCCUCAGACUCCAGCUACUCCAGCUGCAGUCAACCCCCUGAAGAAGCCACCCAAGUGGAUUCGCCGACCUGUGGGAGCCUCGUUUGCAUUUGGUGGGAAGCUGAUAUCUUUGGAGAAUACAAAACCAAACCCCCAGCAGCCUCAGCAGCCCACUUCUCACGUUGUGCACAUGAGCCAGGUUGUUACAGAAACAGCUUUUCUGAAGCGCUCCGACCAGCUGCAGGCCACUCUGAGUUCAGGUAACUUCGUGGACUUCUGCCAGGAAAAGAUCGACGUGGCUGAAAAUGAGUUUGAAAAAACUGUUUGGUCUUUCCUUAAGGUUAAUUUUGAAAGUGACAUCCGUAGCAAGUACCUGGAACUUCUGGGGUACAACAAAGAGGAGCUGGCUUUAAAGAUUUCAGCAGCACUAGAGGAGCAGUCUGCCAAUCCCCUGAAGGUGGAUGUGCCCGCUCCAGCCACGCUGCAGCCAUUAGCAGACCUCAGCUUCAUGCCGCCUGCUGACACUCCAGAGGCAGCAUUUGACAUGAUUGCUGCUGUAAACCUUCAGCCUGCAGCCAUGCUUGAUCUCAAUUCCACCCCUGAAGCAGAGGAUGAGGAUACAGCAGCACCAGCGGCAGAUCCAGAAGAUGCUCUUCGCAGUGAGCCAUAUGCAAAUUUGGAUCAGGUUCUCCCAGAGUUGGAGGUGGAUGAGAAUGAGAAUGAGGAGGAAGAGGAGGAAGAGAUUACCUUAGAUCAGGAGAUGACAGCAUCAGUUGAUGAGGAGCCCAUUCCUGCUGAGACAUUAGCCCCUAUUGAGGUCCGAGCUCCAGCUCCAACACCAGCAGGAGGGGUCAAUCUCAGCAUUAGUCAAGAUGCGGAUGGGCUCAUCACACAAGCUCUGCUGACUGGAGACUUUGAGGGCGCUGUGGAGCUUUGUCUCCAUGACAACCGAUUGGCGGACAGCAUCAUAUUGGCCAUUGCUGGAGGGCCAGAACUUUUAGAAAAAACCCAGAAGAAGUAUUUUACAAAAUCACACAGCAAGAUAACCAAGCUGAUCAAUGCAGUGGUAAUGAAAGACUGGCACGACAUCCUGAAGACGUGUGACCUUCAGAACUGGAAGGAGGCUCUGGCAGCCGUCAUGACCUACGCUCAGCCUGAGGAGUUCUCUUCCCUCUGCGACCUUCUCGGGGACAGACUGGAGGCAUCAGAAGAUGCUAACCUACAAUCCCAAGCCUGUUUGUGCUACAUCUGUGCUGGCAAUGUGGAGAAACUUGUUUCUUGCUGGACCAGAGUGCAGAACGGACACUUUCCUCUCUCACUGCAGGACCUGGUGGAGAAAGUGGUGGUGUUGCGGCGUGCAGUAGAGCAGACCCAGCGCUCUGGCCCCGCUGCUAUCGGCAUCCUGCUAGCUGAGAAGAUGAGCCAGUAUGCCAACCUGCUGGCCUCCCAGGGCAGUUUGGCCACUGCCAUCACCUAUCUGCCUGACAACAGCAACCAGGUUGCCAUUCAGCAGCUUCGUGACCGUCUCACUCGGGCUCUUGGGCAGCAGGGGUUGGCUCCUGGAGCUUCAGUGCAAACCCAGAGAGCUCCAUCUCAGCUGCCUGCCCCUCGGGCUCAGCUUCGGCAUCCUUACACCCAGGUCCAUCCCACCAUGGUGCCUCAGCCCACCCCAGCAGCACCAGUGCCCAUGCCUACAUCCGCCUCCGCCCCAGCACAGCCACAGUAUUACCAGCCAAUGAGGGCAGCCUCCACUGUCACCUCCUGGAGUAACCAAACUCCCACAGCCCUCCCCAAUGUCCCUCCUCCUCUUCAAGUAGGCAGCGCCUCUGACCAGAAGGUGGAGCCUUCAAACCCGAUGUACGGGAUUCCAGCCUCAGGCACGGCUGCAGCUCCUCCAGUCUCCUCCCCUCCUGCCUACAUGUAUUCUCAUCAGUACCAGCCUUACCCCCAGGUCAACCAGUACCAGCAUGGAGCUGGUGGCAUGCCUCUCUUUCAGCCUCUUCAGUACUCCUCUGUUCCUCCUCAUCCACCUCCUUCAGUAGAGCCAUCCUCCCCUCCUCAGCCCCCCGGCUUUCUCUCUGAGUACACACAGCCCGUCCAGUCUCAGCCAAUAUCUUCAGUCUAUCCUGGACAGCCUCCCAUCAACCAGUGCCUGUCCUCCUCUCCUCCUUCCCAGCCUCUUUUCUUUCCUAGCUCUUCUUCCUACUCCACUCCUCCGUCCUCUGGAGUUUCUUUCCAGCAUGGCGGGCCAGGAUCUCCUGUGUCGUACAUGCCUCCUCCACCGAGUGGAGUCUCAGGUACAAAGAUAGACAACAAGCUGAUCCCCGCCUCUCAGAGAACAGGGCCUCAGAACGGCUGGAAUGAUCCUCCAGCCCUGACCCGAGCCCCUAAAAAGAAGCAGGUUCCACAGAGCUACAACCCUCCUAUCCCCAUCACUGCUCCCAUAAUGACCCCGCUGGGCACUGACCCUCAGGCACAGCCAAUGUCCUCUGGGGCUCCUUCGGCCAUGAUGCAGGGCCAACCCGGUGUCCAGGUCCCCUACUCAGGCAUGCAGCAGCAGCAGCUCUCCCCUCCACCUAUGAACCCUGCAAUGCCAAAGACCAGCAUGGAGGGUGCACCAGGUGCACCAACUGGAGAUGUGAUCCAACCUCUGCAGUCCAUCCCUGCUGAGAAGAUCAUGAAGAAACCCAUACCUGACGAGCACCUCGUCCUAAAGACUACAUUCGAGGGGCUGAUCCAGAAAUGCUUGGCUGUAGCUACUGACCCUCAAACUAAGAGGAAGCUUGAUGACGCGAACAAACGUUUGGAGGCACUCUAUGACAAACUCAGAGAGCAGACACUCUCCCCUGCCAUUGUAGGAGGACUGCACAACAUAGCCAGGAGCAUAGAGUCCCGAUCCUACACAGAGGGCCUCAACAUCCACACCCACAUAGUGAGCAACAGCAACUUCAGCGAGACUUCAGCGUUCAUGCCUGUACUCAAGGUGGUGCUGACGCAAGCCAACAAACUCGGUAUCUGAUGAGGCUGAAAGUGCCAGCAGCUCAUUUGAGUGCUGGACCACAGGUGGAGAGAGGCCGGACAUGGGUCGAUCUGAGUAUUAAAAAAUAGUUUAACGGGAAGCUUGUUCAAUGAAGAAUUAUGUAUGAAAAUACUGUUAAAUUCUUCUUUGUGCCAUUCACGUUUCUCAAACAGAAGCCAUGCUGUCAGUUGCACUCAGUGGUGAAAGUAAAUUCUGAGCCAGUUAAGGGGCUACCUAUCGACUGGCUGACAAGCAGACACUAAGCAUUUAUUUUUCAAUCAGUCAACAAUUAAUACACAAAUGUGAAAGAUAUGAAUCAGGAAUAAAAAGUGGAUGAAGCAAAAUAAAGAUAAUGAAUUUUAAGGGCAUUCCUGUCUGUUGAUAAUCAGCGAAUCGUGGCAGACUCCUGAUGCACUGUUGGCUCAAAAUUUAUGCAGCUGUAUCGGCCUGUUCAUCUUUAAAGUCUUUGAACUUUUGUGCACUACACUAAUGCAUAUAUACCUUUAAUUCAUAAAUAUAUCUAAAUUUUUCUCAAAACUACAAAGUAACACUUUAGUUGUACAUACAAAUGCAUCAUUACUUGCAUGCAUUUUGCAGUUGACCUGCAAAUAAGAUUGCAGAUAUAAUCACUCAUUUUACCAGAUAGAACAUGAAUUUGUUAAAAACAUGGCAUUAUAGUGACAGUUAGGGUUAAAGCAAUACUACGUGCCACAUGUAUUUAGAGUAAAAUCAGUGCGUAUCAAAUGCCAGUUAUUUUUAAUGCAUCUACUAUGACUUUUGUUUAAACUUUAAACCCUUUUUUCUGCUUUCACUGACUUACUUUCACCACGAGUGUUACUACAUACAACACAUUGGACCAAGAUACAGUAAGUGUGUGGGAUAUUUCAGUGCAGAGCAGUGUAAUCCCAGGUGUUGAGGACAUUGAUGUUUUACUUCUUUUGUUUGUUUGUUUUUCAGUGUAAUAAUAAAGCUCAGCAGAGUGCAA